GGUUUAAUGUGUACUGGAACAGUGCAUUUGUGCUUAACGCUCACUGUGUCAACUUAACUCACAAUUGCAAUGCAGUACGACGACAUACUGCGCCACAUCGGCGCUUUUGGCAAGUAUCAAAAAGUUUUGAUUCUUCUUCUGGCUGCUUAUAAUAUACCGACGGCUUGUCAAUUUCUGGUGCAGGUGUUUGUGGCUCCGGACACGGACCAUUGGUGUGUGAUCCCGGGCAGCCAACCUAUCAACUGCAGUCAGCUCUUCGAGGCCGAGUGCCAGGAAUUGCAGAAGAAUUAUGGUAUCCCGUACGAACUGAGUCCUAAUGGAAACAAGGUUUACUCAUCAUGCGAGCGGUAUGUGAUGGAUGAUGAAGACACCGGGAGUGGCUUGGGCCCGAAUGCAACUGACGUGAGACCAUGCGAUGCUGGCUGGGACUUUGACCGAUCGCGCUACAAGUCGACUAUCAUUGAAGAUUACAAUUUGGUGUGUGACAGAGCGGAUUACGCUGGUCUAGCACAGUCAGUGUGGUUUGUCGGAUUGCUUGUCGGUUCCUUUGUCUGGGGUUUGGCCGGUGACUUUUUGGGAAGAAGGAAGACUUUCCUCAUAUGCCUCCUUCUAGUUACCGUCUCUUCCAUAGGCACAGCUUUCAUCCCCAACUUUCCAGCUUUCGUUGUAUUGCGUGUCAUCACGGCAGCAUGUCUCUAUGGAUCCUUCCUUGUGACUUUUAUCAUUGCCUCUGAGAUGGUGGAAUCAAAGAAGCGAGUCUUCGUCGGUACUUUGUUUAAUUUGUUCUUCAGCUUUGGCUUAAUGCUUUUGUCAGUGAUGGCAUUAUUACUACGAGAAUGGCGUCACCUGCAAUUGACAAUUUCACUUCAGUUUGUUUUCUUUUUGCCGUUGUUGUUACUUCUACCAGAGUCUCCUCUUUUGCUCAUGUCAAAGGGCAAAUUUGAUGAAGCGAUCGCCAUUCUGACCAAAAUCGCAAAAGUCAAUGGAACCAAAGUUCCGGAGAAUCCCUUUGAAACGUCUGAUGAUGUAAAGCUAUCUGGCCUAAACCAGCGCUCGUCGGUCACACCGCUUGAUCUGGUUCGCACACCUAACCUUCGCAGGAUCACUCUCAUCAUGUGGUGUGAUUGGUUUGUUGUUAACAUGGUCUACUAUGGAUUGUCUUUGAGCACGUCUACCCUUGGUAUAGAUGACUACCUAGCUGCUUUUGUGUCAGCAGCAGUUGAAAUACCAAGCCUGUUCUUCUCUUGGUAUGUGAUGGAACGCUUCGGAAGACGUUUGACCAUGGUCGCAUUGUACGUCGCCGGUGGAGUGGCCUGCCUGAUUACAAUCUUUCUUCCUCUUGGGGCAGCAAGAGCUGCAGUUGCAAUGGUUGGCAAGUUUGCCAUAACUGCCGUUUUCAACCACGUCUACAUCUACGCUUGUGAGCUGUUCCCGACUGUCAUCAGAAGUACGGGUAUUGGGGCAUGUUCCAUGGUGGCUCGUGUUAGCGGCAUUCUCUGUCCAUUUAUCGUGAUCCUAGGCAAGCACUGGGUUCCUCUGCCACUCCUCGUCUUCGGUACUUGCUCUGUCAUUGCUGGGAUACUCUCGCUGAUGCUCCCUGAAACUCUAGGGCGCAACUUACCUAAUACUAUCGCUGAAGGAGAACAAUUUGGAAAGAGUUCCAGCUUCAGUUUCUGCGUCAAUAGCGCCUGUCACAGCCAGGGAGUGAACACCACCCAGCCUCCUGCAGACUUUGAGCUUCAAUCCACGAACCUCUCUGAUGGCGUGCCGCAACCUUCAGGGGCUUACAUGCCUCUUUCCAGUCGAGAGGAACCUCCCACAGCAGCAGUGGAUAUUUAGGCUUUAUCACUCUAUCAUGUCGCCUGCCAGUGUUGAACUAUUGACGGGUCCACCUUUAGCUGACCCAUGUCUCUAGCGUUCACACCUUUAGCCGUUUGUUUCGUGUUGGACGUACUUUUCGAUCUUGCAAAUUGCAAGAACCUAGCGUUUAAAUCCUGUCCACGAACGUUGGAUCAUCAUGCAGUCUUUGCGAGGUGGAACUGAGGCCGAAAACUCGUCAUUUUGACAUAACAAGGUCACUUUGAUGUCUCAGUGAAACCAUCAAAGACUUAGACGUAAUCGAAAUAGGCACUAGUUGUUCGUUUACGUACCAUAUUCAUUUACAACGCCGUUCAGAUGUUUAUUCAUAAAACUAAAGCAUGGUAGAGGGUAAUUUUUUGGGUUUGUUUUGUGUUCUUUUCUGUACCUGUUAUCUUAUAAAUAUUGAUUGCCAAAGAACAAUAGGUAAGUUGGCAAACAGAGAUAUUUACUGCAUGUUAAUCUCCGUUCAUCCACUUUGCUGCAAAUUAGACUACAUUGAUCCCUUUCUAAUAACUGUCUAAAUCUUUGGAUUGAGGUGUCCAAAUGAGAUGUGGAAAACAGCAUAGUGUUGAGAAAUAAUUAUUUAAGCGUAUAUAAUUGAUAGUUAAAUAAAAAAGGAGGUUGUAUGUUUUAUAUUUUUUUUCACUAAAUGUAUCAUUUUUUUGAUUUUUUUUGAUGUCACAAGAUUAUGUCCAAAUGCUUUGUGUUCACUAAUUCACCUUAUAGUAGAGUCUGUUUAUAUCGAUGUUGAUUCACACUGUGCACGUAGUAGUAAUAGUUUUACAAUGGCUAUAAUAGUUGCUUUAAAAUCAUGCAUUAAUCCCAUUUACUUUUAUUUUAUUGCAUUGUAUUGUAAAUUAUUGUAAUGUACAUAGUACUUUGUAAUGUAUACAGGGCCAAGACCUGAUCCAUAACACAAUUGGGGGAGGGGGUGGGGCAAACAAUUUUUUAUUUUCGAAAAAGUGGGCACAAAAAAUUUCACUUACCCCAAUUUAAUAUGAAAAGCAAGGGGGGGGGUUGCAAAUGUAUUUCUUCUGUUAAGUUUUUACGACAUUCUAAACAUAAAACGAGGUGUGUUUGUUUUCCCCUGGAUCCGCUGUUUUGCAGGGCCGGUUGAAAGAGUUUUAAACUGUUAGGGCAUAAAUGUAAAUAGAAGUUAUUGAACAGCUUCAUUGCGUCCUGUAUAGAGCAAAAGAGCAAUUACAUUUUGCAUGAAACUAUCAAAUCACUACAUUGUAUAAUAAUUUUUUUUUUUUAAGCAAGACGGCUUUUAAAAAGAGUUUUGUUUAAAUAACAACACGCAAUAUGGGUAAAUUGGUAGAUACGUGCGCUAUAUAAGACUCCGUUAUUAUUAUUAUUAUUAUUAUUAUUAAUUACAACUUUUUGGGGGAAUUAGAGCUCAACAGUCAAUUGAAUUGAAAUUCAACAGUAUUAAAAACGUGCCUUCAAGAGGAAAAAUACUCUAAAACCAAAUAUAAUGGUUUCAAACUGAGCAAGGUGUGCUGUAUUACCCCUUGACUAAAUGUAUUGCAACUUGCAAUAUGACCUAUUUUCAAAUUACAAACUCUUUCAACACUGGAAUACAUCGCUCCUCCAGAUGAUAUGCUUUGUAACAGUUAGUCCUAAUGAUAAUGAUAAGAUGAUCGGACUAUGUAGCAAACUGUCGUGCUCUUUGCACCUUUUAAAGUUAACGUGUUUAAUGCCUUUUGGCUUUUUAUAGUUUGGUGAGGGAUAUUUUCUUGUGUUUUAUAUAACAUGCUUACUUACCCUACGAUCAAAAGUAGAAAUCACUACUGAGGAGGCACCACGCUCACGUGAAGGUGGUCGCUCGCAGUCAGUGCUCCUUCGACCAAUAGAUUCUUCAAAUUGCUCACGCUUCUCAGUGAUGUUUAAGACCUAAUUGGUCUACAGAACACUCGAAAUCUUUGAAGGUUUAUUUCUGUCACGUAAAUACUGUCAUUCCCGCAAAAAGUAGCGAAGAAAUCAACGUGAACUUGGAUUUGGUCUAAAUUUUUGUUCCAUGCAAUGUCAAGGAAUUAGUCAGGAAACAAUGUCUUAUUUUGACUAACUUCUCA